AUAGCUUUAACUAUACGGGCCAUGGAUGAAAAAGAAGAGGAUGAUAAUUCGUGAUUGUGCUUUCCUUCCUCCUGAACCGGCUAAGCGAGAGGUUAUUUGGAACAGUGAGUCUCGGCCCCCGACAAAAGCGCUGACCUUUGGGAAGAGGAAUACUUUCAGUUUCCUUUCCUCGAGACAAAAAUCGAUGGGGGAGGAACUUUCCCUCAUUCUCUCUUCUUUGUCUUUUUUUGGGCGACAUCCUGAGGCCGAGUCCAUCUGUUUGCUUCAACCUGGUGGUUGAGAAAAAGGGGAAAGGUAAGUCAAGGGACAGGUUGAUCUCCUGCGCAAAGGAGAAAGCUCUGGGCGUCGCCUUCCUCGAGUCACCAUUUUGUACUUGAUAGAAGGGACCGUCUCUUGAUUCCCACCGAUCUGUUUUAAAACGUGCGUGUCGUGCCAAGUGCGUAAAGUAUACUUGCUCCGGAGAGUCCUGGUUAUCUCCGGCUCGUGGGCAUGGUGGUCCCCCGUCUCCUCGGAGGGCGCACGGUCCCACUAGAAGCCCCUUGAUCUCUCUGUCCAUGAAGCAGACAAACAGUCCGGGAGAAACGCCCUUCCAGUCUGCGCUCGGCUCCCUCUCGCCACAGACUCCGGAAGCGCCUCUUAAUGCAGCAAACAAAUCCGAAUCGGCGCUACGUCAAGAGAUCGGGGAGAAUCGAGCCUCUGCCUAAGUUUCGUGCAAGCAACUGGGGGUGAGGGACGCCCAAUAAACUGGUCUAAGGGUAAAACAAAAUGAAGACACGUCUUUGCGGGCAAGAUUUAUGUCUUCCCGUCCGUCUACUCCUCCCCCGUCACUCCCAUACGAAGGGGCAAAAAGGGGUACCGCGCAUCUGAACCCCAUUUCCUCUUCCUGCUCUUACUUAUGUGGGGCCAGAGCUCUCACAAGCUGUUUCAAAUCUAAAGAAACAAGUUGUGCUCACUUUCCUCAAGCGAUAAAGUCAGUUCUUCCUCCCCUGGUAAGCGGUCUGAAUAAAGGAAGCAAACUUUUUAGGAACACACCCUAAAACCAAGCUGAAAACUGCAGGGUGUGUUCAUUUCCUACCUCUGAGAGUACCAGAAGUUCGGUGGCUGCUGAAGUAGAAACACCCGUAUCUCUGAAACUAAUAAGGCACAUCUGAAACAAAGCGAAGUGAAUAUCCUUGCACCCAGAAUGUUUAGAACAACUCAGGAGAUAAUUUUGAGUAAUUGGUUGGGGGGAUUUUUGAUACCUUUGUCAGAGCUACCAACUGAAACGUCCAGCUUUUUAUUACAGAUAUCUGGUCAAACACUAAUUUUACUGGACUAAAGGGCUAGCUUCUGUUUGCUGCUGGCAAUUCAGACUGCCAGCGUGCCAUCAAUGGGCACAGACAGUUUUUAGCAUCUCCAAGACCUGAGGGAUCUGGUGGUGUGAUCAGAAUGUUGGAUGGCUAGUGGGGUGGAGUCAGGUUGAAACCCCGACUCAGACAUGAAGGCAAUCUUGGGCCAGUCUCUUUUAUCUUGACCUAACCUACCUCACAGGGUUGUUGUAUGGAUAAAAUAAAUGGUGGAGAGCCUGGUAUGCUACCCUUUGCUCCUUGGAGGAAGGGUGCAAUUGAAAUGAAACUCAUGAGCUUUCAUUCUUUCUGAGCACUGUUCACCUCCACCCCUAGUUUAUUUGUGACUCUUGCUAAUCUAAGUUAAACUGAAGCCAUCCAUGCUCCUAAAUUCACAUUGGAAUCUCACUUUGGCUACAGCUGGGUACUCAAAGUAAAUAUAGAAGGAUACCCAUAUAAGUUACUAAUAGUCACACAGAACACCUAAAGCUGAGUAGAAGUAGGAAGUAGAAAAAUAGCAGCACAAUUCUACAGCCUGAUCUGAGGUUAGAGAUUUAUCAAGCCUCAGACAUGUUUUUCUUCUUCUAAUGGGACCUUUCUGUUUAUAUGCUCUACAGUUCUUUACUUUGAGCUUGAAAUUCUUCUUUAAAUAGCCAUGUCAUUUAUUGCUUUCAUUGACUUUUUUGUGUUGUGAUACUUCUUGCUUUGUUUAUAGCAUGUCUGCUCCAGGUACUUCAGAUGAAAUUUUUUGGUGGUUCAGAGGCCAAAAAAUACAGAUUUCUUUGGCAAUUAAAGAUACUUUCCCUUUUCUCUAUCUCCUACGAGACAAGAAAAGAAUAUCCGAAGAAGAUUUUAAGGUGAUUAUUAUAGGCAUUGAAUUUAUUUUUUAAAACUCCACCUGGACAUGUGAAGUCCAUCUAAACUAAGAGUGUGAAAUCUUUGUCCUUACAACCAGAAAGGUUUUCUGGGUUAUAGGUGGAGCACAGCAUGAGAGGCAGUGCAGUAUGGUGAACAGGGAGCCAGACUUGGAUGCAAAGAUCUGGACUCCAACUUCACUCAGUCAGGGUUGGACUAGAUGAUCCUCAGAGUCCCUUCCAAUUUUAUGAUUCUAUGAAGGAGUUCACUGGGUGAACAUAGGCCAUUUGCACUCUCCCAGCCUAACCUUCCUCACAGGAUUCAGGGAGUAGCCUCCACUCAUCGCUCCUGAGUUUCUUUAGGAACAGUUGGUAUAAAAAUGUUCUAACAACAAAAAACAUUGCACGGAAGGAGAAACCUUACAAGUUAGUGGGGAGAUGUGAGCCACAGGAAAAAACAAAGAAGACUAACCCCAUAACAGCAGCAGAUUGUGGCUUGUUUCUGAAGAACAAGUGGCCAAAUGCCUUGAGGCUUUCUCUGGCAUUGAUAAAAAGCAUAGGAAAGGACAUUAGCUGGUCUGAGGGAUGCUAAGUGUGCAGGGUAUUUGAAUCUGGCAAAGGAAGAUAAAACUGCCUUGACAAUUUUUGCUUCCUUUGAUUGUGCUGGGAUAACCACCCAAGUAAUCUGCUAUUAGAUCUGGUGGGAAAUAGGAAAGCUACUUUGCAUUUUCUCUCUAAAAAUGUUUUAAAAGCCUAUAUUGUUUCUUUCUAGAAUUGGCGUGAUAAGGUAACUGCAAAACCAAAUGAUAUUUCUAAAGUGGUAUACGAUGUCCUUGAGAGCAUUCAGACCAAUGUGUUAGCAAUAGAGGAGAUCUUCUGCAAGGAGAACCUAGAAGCAUAUCAAAAUUUACAGCCAUUAUACGAAAGCCUAGAAAAUGGUAAGUUAUCUUUUUGGCUGUGCUAAACCAAUCAAAUAAGCCUUAAAGAUAGAAAAGUCAUCAGCAUUUACUGAGAAACGGUAGUCAGUCAGUCUUUGGGCCACAAAAUCCUGUAGAAGCCAUGCAUUAACUUUGCCUCAGCCCUCUGCCUGAGUCCUGGGAUAUAAUAAUAAUAAUAAUGUAUUUUGUUUACUUUUUCCAAUAGAUUGCCUUUUAUUGUGAAAAAUAGCAAGGUGGUUAUUCAAAGUAAAAUGAGUACACUAAAAUAAUUAAACAUGAACCAGAAUAUUCAAAACUCAGUAAAGUCAAUAGUAAGAAUUAGUGUCUAGGAAUGUCUGUAGUUUUUACCAGCAGGUGGAACACCUGCACCAUAGGUGCCCAUUGUGUCUGCAAGGGGAGAUAAUUCCAUAAUGUGGAGGCUAUAGUGGAGAGGGUCCUUCCAGCCACCGUAAGGUGUAUGCUUGCAGAACAUACAAUGAUUAGAAAAGGCAUUCAGCGAUGACAGUGAAUGGGCAGGCCCAUAUUAAAGGCGACACACUUUCAGGUGACCUAUGUCAACAAUAAAACCUCAAUUCAGUAGCAAAAAGGCAACCAAUGUAUGUAUAUUUUUAUGAGCUGAAUGGAGUGAAAGAUUAAAAGCCAUGGGGAUGUGGAGAGUGUGUGCAUGAACUUAACAGUUCAAAGCUGGUGAUGCUACCUUAGAAGAACUAAGGGCACUGUUAAGAUUGUGCAAACCUUACACCUGAACUUUACUUCAGCCUCUCAGCUCUUUCAUAAGCUACAAAUAAUUUACAAUUCAUUUUAGCCAUUUAAUUUAACGUUAAGGUGGCAAUGCCCUUGUUUUCCUAACACAUGUCCUCUUCAGUUCUCCAGCAGGUUCAGAAUAGUUCUGCCGCAGUACCUGGGAGCAGCAAAGUACUCCAGGGACAAAUGAGGAAACCUGCGUCCCCUGGGAAGCAACAAAGUGAGUUCAGUAAAAGUCCGUAAAUGAGGGACAGAGCAUCCUGUUUCAUUACCACAUUCUUGAUUAUUUGUGCUAGUAAAGCUAUCAGGACAGUCACAUGUAAUCUUGCUUUCAGUGAGUUUGUGCCUGCAAAGGUUUGGGGCAGUCACAGUGUUUUGUUUUCACUCUGACAUGAAUGCACACUUCGUACCACAUCCUCUUAGCAGGAUCAAUAAUCUGGUAAGACCACUGUCAUUCUCUGGAAGGCCAAAACAUGGGUAUUGUAACAGCUGAUAUACAUUUCUUGAUUUCAUCUAGGGAAAGGCAUGCACAAUAAUGAAAUACAAGAUUUGAGUGUUGAGGUCCGAACACUGAAAGUACGCUGUGGAAGAAGUAAAGGUGUUUUGUAUAAGAAUAGAUUCACAGAAGGUAACCAUUGAGUUGGAAUAAUAUAAUUAUACAUGGGAUUGCACCUGCUAAAGGAAUGUGAUACCAACAGCACAUGAAAAUAUUUUGGUUGUGCAAUAGCACAAGGCCUGGCCAUGUUGCCCAGAAUGCCUGGCUUUGAGAAGAAGGAGCCUCUUGGCCUUUUCUCCGUGUCCAAGUGCAAAGGAGAUGUUGGAGAAGACCUGCUUAAGCCUCAUACUGAGAUUCCUUCCCAGCAUUCAUUCUAGGGCUGUGUCCCUCUGAUCUGCCCCAUAGCUCUGAUUUGGGAGGAGGGUGUCAGGUUGACCCACCUUGGAUCAACACUGGGACCCCCACCCCACCUAGCAUUUAAGCUGCUUGCAAAAAGCACAAUGCAGCUGCAGGAUCAUAAUCCUGCUCCUUUGCAAGUGGCUUCUCUCAGGAAGCAGGCUCAGGUAGCAGGUUCCUUCCUAAUCCCAGAAGUCAGGGUAAGUCAGGGUCUUUUAUUGUGAUUUUCCUGCAUGAUGUCCACCUCUCCUUUCUGCCUAAUGCCCCACCCCUUGACAACCACCGAUUGCUCUGGGCCAUCCACCCUGGCCUGUAGUGAUCUGUGUUUGUUGCUAUCUAAUUCGUCUGAUGCCAGAGUCCCUCCUAAUAUGCCAGUUUUGGCCCAAGACUUGGCCAACUCUGGUGCACAGCCCUAGUUCAUGACACAAUCUUUGUUCAUAUCUUUUUUCCUAAGUAGAUAUUGGAAAAGAAUCUCCUGUUGGCAGAACUUCUUUCUCUCUUCAGUGAAAUUUGCCAGAUGGGAUAAGUGAGCCACAUUGAUGUGACUUAUCUGUUUGUCAUAGGUGUUUCAUGGAAAUGUAUCAAGGGUUCCGAUGGAAAAUGGUUCACACCAUCAGAAUUUAAGGCUAAAGGAGGAUAUAAAAGUUCAAAAGGCUGGAGAAGAUGUAUCCGCUAUGGUGGGAUUUCCUUAGAAGCAUUAAUCAAGGUAUGCAGUUCACGUAUAAUAAUCUGUUAAAAAAUCAGUUUUUACUUGUAAUGCCAAAGAAUUUCAGGUGAUAACAUCAAGGCUUUCCAGUUAUCCACAAAUUGUAUUCUUAUGACUGGUAUAAUAUCCUGCAUCACGUGUGAAUAAUUUUCAUGCACAGUUGUUGCAUGAAAAAAACAUUCUUCAAGUAUGGCCACCUUAAGAUCAGUAGCAAAGUGUCCUGGCAGAAUGACAUGUCCUCCUACCGACUUUUAAACAAUGAUAUAUAGUAAGGUGCUACUUAUGGUUCUAAUUUAUUUUGUGUUCAUUUUGAGUGCCUCAGAGUUAACCCAAUACAUGUGAUUGUUUCAGUGGGGAGAAAUACUGAAGCCACAACCGGAAUCCUCAAGAAUGCAGAAGGUAAAUAAUUACUAGACAUUCUUACCAGAUGGUUGUGUUUUCCACAUAUACGGCACACACAUCAUUCCUUAAGAUAUUUCUGUGCCUCCCUGUUGCACAACAGUAGGUUAAGCAGUCAGAUGUCCUGCCCAAGGCAAAUGGCUUGAACUGACCUCAUGGAUGGGCUUCACGCAUGCAACAUAUGAGGGGAGGAAAUCCAAAACAGGCAACAGAGAAGAUGAAAUGCCAACCAUGGCCAUUACUAGUGCUACCAAUGGCAGUCUAUCAGUGGUGAGAGCAUUUACAAGGGGACACUUGAUUACACACCCUCACCUUAGGGCCCAAGAAACGUUGCAUGCGUUAGCUUCCUGCACCUCUCGUUUCCACAAAAAAAUAUUGAAUUGAGAAAAGAGGAAGGAUCACAUUUAAAGGAAACUACUAGAGGUUAUCAGUUGAAGCCAAAAUAAAAAAGUCUGUUUCAAAUUAUUUUUUCUUCCCCACACCAUUACAUGUUUUGAUGAAGUUGAUAUACCUGCCAACUGAAUAUUCUUUAUUAAAGUAUUUUUAAACCUCCUUUCAGGGAAUAUUGACAAGAAAUACCACAUAUUACAACCUCUGUCUCUCUCUUACACACUCUUAUGCUUUCAAUAAUUUUAUUUUUCACAGUGACAGGUGUUUUUUCUUCUUCUCCAUUUCAGCCAGAUGACCUGUGUGCUGUGUGCUGUGUGUGCUGUGAGGAGAAAGGUCACUGAUACACUGCAAUUCAUGUCUCAGAUCUUUUCAGGAAGAUUGUUGAGAAAAAGCAGUUCACUUCAUGUCACAUUAGCAGAAUGCAAAGUUGGUUUUUGACAGGCGAUGGUAAAAUAGAACUAAAUCAAGCAAUGAUCUCCAUAUAUAUCAAAGUGAAUGUUAUAAUAUCUUCUCCCUUUAGGGUUUGGAAAUUUCAGUAGAUGAAAAGUAGUGGAAGAUAAAUUUGAAAAUAAAUUUUGGGAAGUGUUUUCUAUUCUGUAAGCAAUUACUUAUGUUCCCUCUUCACACUUGCGAGCCAUCCAUCCCAAAAAGUACUAACUUGCUUGCUGUUUUUAAAACCUCUUAAAAUGCUUUCAUUUUAAAGUUAAGUGUCUAUGACCCAGAUAGACUGAAAACUUAGCAGUAACCUUGAUACCAAGCCAAAAUGUCUUUAGCAACUGUUUAGUGACAGCAUAAUUGAAAGGAUGUGCAUAUGUGUAUGCAUUUGGAGGGGUUUUUUGUUUGUUUCCACGGGCUAAGAACAAAGAACUGAGCUUGGGGCUGGUAAAUGAGAGGUGUGAAGAAUCAAGCUGGAAAUGUGAUGCAAGCAAAUCUGGACUUUGCUGCUUGCACUGGCCUCAUGAAACGAGGAGAGGACAACAUUAGGACAACCCUGGAUUUGGGCAAUGGAUUUUGCUGCUUUUGCAACAUUAUGGGAUUCUGGAUCCUGUUGGAGAGGACGUUGCUUCCCAUCUUUGUCUAUGUAAAACCUCUGUCUCAGUGCCAUUUGGGAGAAGGCUACCCAGCAAACCUCUAUAGACAGGACCAGGGCUAGACAUUUGACACCUGAGGCAAACCACCAAAUGGUGCCCCCCACCCCCCGGCCAGGGAAGAAGGGGUGAGUGAAGAUGUACACCAGGAACAAGUGGGGAAUAAAUAUUGACAUUGGGAUCUGCUACGCCUGUGGAUCCUGCCGCCUGAGGCAGUCAUCUCACCUGACCUCGUGGAUGGGCUGGCCUUGUCCAUAGCGGCAAAUGUGUCUGCAACACCUUCUCAUGCCUCAGUCUUUUUCUAUUUUUGCUUGUUGCAAGGAUCACUGACCGGGAUCCUUUGUAUGUAUAAGUAUCACUCCAUCCUUGGUAUGUGUAUGGAUUAGGGUUAGUCUGCUUAGAUAGGAUGACUCCUUCACUCGAAUUUUUAUUUACCCUUUUCCAGGGUAAAUCUCCGCAAGGCAAAGGAUGCCCAGUCUGUAAAUGUUUGAUCAGGAAAUAAAGCUUUUCAACUUUUGUCUGGC